AUGAGAGGAGCAAAUCAUGAAGAUAAAAUGAUAAGCCCUUUGUUCCCAAGGCUUCAUGUGAGUGAAACAGAGAAGGAAGUAGGGCCAAGGGCUCCUCCGAGAAACAAAAUGGCUGCUUAUGAGCAACUAAGUACUACUCCUUCUUCUUCUUCUUCUUCUUCUCGAAGAUUUAGUAACCCAUCCAUGGCGUUGCCUCUUCCACCGAAUAAUUUCACAAACUUGUUGCCUCCUUCAGUUUCCUCAACCCAUGUUGGUGUUGGUGCUGAGAGAAACAUCUUCGUGCCAUUCUCUCGUAUAUCUGGACCAUCUCAUUUGACCGAAAAUAAGCCUUUUAUUAAUUUCUCAUCAUCUAGUCCAAUGAACUCACUCACAUUGCCACAAAUUGAAAAAUGUAGUACAAACACAUUUCAGCCCCAACCAUGUAGUUUCCCCACCUUCAACACCAACUUGUCAUGGUCCACUAAUGAUAAGCUUCGAGACCAUCAUCAAGUUGUUAAUUUUGGAGUUCCAUGUUCUGCACCUCAAUCGAAUCCUCUCCAAUGUAGUACUAGUGUACGCAUCAUCAAGAAGACAGCCAAAACCUCAAGCAGUUUCUUCCCAUCAAUGCAACAUCAAAUUGGACACCAUGGUUUGACGAGCAGGCACAAAGAAGUUGAGACUAUUGUGGACCUUAAUGCUCGAAUCCAAGCCGAUCGUGAUAUUGCGAGGCUUUCGCAAGCCUUGUUAGAUCCUGUCAUUGAGAGAUGCGCCUCAGCAUCAUCUAUUAGAACAUCUGAUUCAUCUCCAGACCCUGUGAAGCUAGAAGAUCAUGUAUCACCACAUCAUUUGUGUAGAGGUGGCAGAGAAUGUGACUUUCUACAAGAGAGUGUCGGCUCGAUAGAAAACAACAACACUUUAGUUGAAAAUACUCGAGGUGUUGAAAAGCUUGAUGGUGUCUCGGAAACAUCUGGAACGAAGUCUCAUUCAAGUUCUUCAGUUAUAACUCCUAACCAUGUUAAGAAUGUUGUGGGAGAGAUGCAAUUUUGGAAAGCAAGAAAGGUCAUUAUCAAUCAACAAAGAACUUUUGUGGUGCAAGUUUUCGAGUUGCAUCGUCUAGUUCAGGUACAAAAAUUGAUUGCUAGAUCAUCACAUCUACUGCUUCAGCGAAAUUCAUUCACUGAUGAAAACAUGAUAGAACCAAGAAAGAAGAUGCAACCUAGGUGUGUUGCACAAAAACCAAUAGACGGUAUAAUUUUUGAUCAGACUGGUGAUCUUAGUGCCUUCCCCAAGCUGCAUCGGCUAGAUUAUGAGGAUGUUUUGCGCAAAUCACCAUCUACUACUAUUGCUACUACAAAAAAUAUGAAACCACCACCACUAACUACUACCAACUGCUUACAAGCUGGAAAUCAGUGGUUAGUUCCAGUCAUGUCCCCUUCUGAAGGGCUUGUCUACAAGCCUUACUCUGGGCCAAGUUGUCCUCCAACUUCUUCAUUCACUAUGGCAUCCCCAUACUACGGAGCAGAACCAUAUGACGUUGCUCAACAUAGAGAAAUAUUCACAACCAUAAACAAUCAUGCGGCAUUAAGCCAACAUGCCUACUUUCCACCAUUUGGCCGCCAUUUACCCACUCCACUUUUGCCAAAGGAAAAUCACAUUUCAUCAGUUAGAGAAGUCAACAAAAGCACUUCAAUAUGGAAUUGUCCUGAAAACCGUCAAGUGUCAAAGGAAGGACGUACAACUACUCGUGCGAUUGAGAAAGAUAGAUGGGAUCAUGAUGAUGCCCUACCACUUUUCCCCCUUGAACCUAUGGUGCAGGUGGUGAUGUCUGAUAAGAAAUGUCAGAUUAAUGAGCAACGAACUCGAGUGAUUAAAGUUGUGCCUCAUAAUCCUAUAUCGGCUAGUGAGUCUGCUGCUCGAAUCUUUCGAUUUAUACAAGAGGAAAGGAAACAAAAUUAUAGUUAG